ACAAUGGCGACAUUCUCCGGAUUCAUGGCGAAGCGAAUUUAUAAUAACAUCAAGAAGCAUAAUCUGAUUUCAUGUUUCUGCUUCUUUGAAAAACAUUAAAGACUCGUACCAGGUUUUCCAUAAAAGAUAUGGCGGUAUCCGACAAAUUCUACGCUAUUGUUGCCGGUGUUGGCCCUGGUACCGGGAGAUCAGCAGCCAUCCGCUUCUCAGAAGCUUAUCCGGUUGUUCUGCUUGCUCGCUCCCCUGAGAGCUAUAAAGAUGUUGUUGCGGAGAUCAAUAAGGGCGGCAGGAAGGCAAUUGGUAUUACUGCCGAUGCAACGGACGAGGCUGCCCUCAAAGCGGCAUUCGAAACUAUCAAGAAAGAGAUCCCCGGCCUAAAGCUGGCUGCGGCGAUCUACAACAUUCGACCCAACUCACGACCAAGUCGUAAACCCUUUUUGGAGCUGACUUCAGAGGAUCUCGAUGUGAGUUUGAAGGGUAACAUUCAUGGACUCUUUAACUUUGGACAAAGCGUGAUCCCUCUGUUGCUGGAAUCAGUGGAGGGCUCUCCUCACCCACCUAGUCUGAUAGUAACAGGCGCAACUGCUUCUAUCAGAGGGUCGAAGUUGUGGUCUGUUAUCGCCGCAGGUAAAUCUGGACAGCGCAUCUUGGCACAGUCUUUGGCAAGAGAAUUUGGCCCGCAGGGAGUGCAUGUCGCUCAUGCAAUCAUUGAUGGCGGUAUUGAUGUACCCGAUGCGACAUAUUAUCCUCGCAACGAAGGAACUCCAGAGACUAAGAUCAGUCCUUAUGCUAUUGCCGAGAGCUAUUGGUUCCUCCAUACGCAACAUAAGUCGGCUUUCAGCCAGGAAAUAGACCUGAGGCCUUUCAUCGAGAAGUUCUAGAUGAACAUGUCCCUAGUGACUACCAUUGUACUUUACGGAAAUAUAUGGUAUGAAUCAUAGAUUUGAGAAGUUGGGCUCGAUGUGAUUAAAAUCAGUCAGCCUAAAGCUACAAAUGGUUGUAGUUCAGCGGUCUUGCUGGUCGAAUACGUGUGCCCUUCUCCCAUGUCAUUUGAUGAUCGGACUCAAUGGAUGAUACUACUACGAGAGUAAAUCUUUUCAUAUAUUGCAUGCGAGAGAAGUAGGAUUAGAGCAAUGGACUUUUCAUUCUGAUGUCCCGAAAACCUCUAUACACAAUCAAUGGAGACUAUGAC